UCUAGAAGUAGCAUACAGAUCGGACUUUUUAGGCCUUCCCAAGACUUCUGGGGGGGGUCCAUUCGUUCGGAUACGCAGCUGUGCCGCACGAAAUGCGAUGGUUGAGAUUAACGCCAAGUGUAACUCAGCCUUCCGCCCCAAUGCUGCAUGAGCAGGAAUGUAGUUUUCUGUUUUGUACAUAGGGCUCUCUACGUCCCUCGGGAAAGUUAAAUACAAAAACCAACUCUUACAUUCUUCCUCCUCAUAUCCUACAAGCCUCUCAAAUCCACAAGAUACGGCCUCACCUUCCAAGACUCACAACAUGUAUCAAUCUACCAUGCUCGUCUCCUUAGCGCUUGCCGCUACCGUCGCCUCACAAUCACAAGUAGAGCAGAGGGUUCUUUUUAUACCUCCACCCAUACCUACUACAUUAACCAUGACGGAAAUAGGCGCCGAUAGUACAGCCACUACUUACACCCAAAAUUGCCCUGGGGGUAUGGGACCCUCCACUUCAUUAACCUGCGUGCCAUUUCGCCUCGUGCAGGGAUCAACAACACUUGAAAUAGAGGCAUCGGAAACCUCAUCCGGUAUUUCGAUAAACUUGGCGUGCAAUUACCCGGACGGCCUCAAUAAUCAGGGUUCCAAUGGAUCAUGCGUUGCGAAAGGCGAAGCAGCUGAGACAACCGUCGCGACAACAGUCGCGGGUCCGCUACAGAGUGAAGAUAUAAAUGCUUUCCAGACUGUUCCUGUCGUCAAAGCUGGAGCUCAAGGGGGUAACUCUUCUGCCGCUGGAAGAACCGUUAACGUGUGCUUUAUGGCCUCCAUUGUGGGUGCUGUCGGUAUUUUUGCCGCUAGCGUGCUUUUGUAA